UCCAGCCAAUGAAAAUGGGAGAAAGUGGUCUCUUCCAGCCAAUGAGAAGUUAGCCCGGAACUCUCCUAACGCCUCUCAUAUUACAGCAGCAAGCAUGGGGAAGACUGGAACACCGGGUGGAAAGAUCAACAGACCCAAAACAGAGCUGGGCAAGAAGCUCUAUAAGCGGCGGAGGAAUCUGACUCGUGAGAAGAGGAGGAGACACAUCAAGGUGGGAGCUGUGGUGGACGAAGGACUCACCACCAUCCACCAUCUCAGGAAGAGAAACUCCAGCCCCAGAGCCAACAUCACUCUGUCUGGGAAGAAGAAACGCAAGCUGCUCAAACAGCUGCAACACAUGAAAGCAGAGAAGGCCGCUAUGGAAGUUGAGGCAGCAACAAACAAGACGAAGGUGGCAGCAGCACCAAAGAAGGCAGCACCAAAGGCAGCGGCAGCCAGACGGCAGAAAGGGGGUGUGUCCCAGGGGGAUGUGGACAUGGCAGAUAUGGAAUGAGAAGAGGAUGUUCUGUUGGCCCCAUGCCAAGGCCAGACGGGGCCCACAUUCAGACCGGGCCCCAUAUUCAGACCGGGCUCCAUAUUCAGACCGGGCCCCACAUUCAGACCGGGCUCCAUAUUCAGACCGGGCUCCAUAUUCAGACCGGGCCCCACAUUCAGACCGGGCUCCAUAUUCAGACCGGGCCCCACAUUCAGACCGGGCCCCACAUUCAGACCGGGCCCCACAUUCAGACCGGGCCCCACAUUCAGACCGGGCUCCACAUUCAGACCGGGCCCCACAUUCAGACCGGGCCCCAUAUUCAGACCAGGCUCCAUAUAUAUGAAUAUGAUUACAUGGACAGGGGAGGCCUGAUCCUGGAUCAGUUUUAGCCUUUGAGACCUAAUGAAUAUGAUUACAUGGACGGGGGAGCUGAUCCUGAGCCAGAGAGCCUUGUGUUUGUGUAUCUGAAUGCCGUCAUUGUAAAUAAGAAUUUGUUCUUAACUGACUUGCCUAGUUUAAAUAAAAUAAAAAACAGACAGAA